UAAGUGCUCGAUGAUGACUGACUUGUUUUAUUUUAUUUUUAUGUCUGACUAUUUUUAACAACACUUAACAUUGAUUGUACUUCCUGCUUGUGUUGGCGUGCUACCACGGCAACAGCCUCCUUUGCUUUAACCUUAUUUGCCUUAAUGAUUUAACUUGAUGGCCUUUGUCAUCAUUCGGAAUGUUAUGCCUUCUCAAUGCAGCUAUUAGUUCCCUCCAGCUGUUCCCGCAUAAAUCUUCAAUCCUUUUCUUCUUUUGGGAAUAAAAAGACGUCAUUAGGUACUGCAUGCUGAUUGGUCCAUUAGAUAGUCCACUUCCAUACAGAGGGAGGUGAUAUUUUCUUGUCGGAUUGGAAAUGGAAUAAAAAGCAAGUAUGGUGUUUUUCCAACUUGUUUCCACGCUUCUUCUGCACUUAUAAGGUAAGUAAACCUAUUAUUCUUUUUUUAAAAUGUCAUACACUUGCUGCUUCUGCUUCUUCUGUCAUAGCGAAAUUGUAGUGUAGAACAUUAUGUUUAUUAAUCUAGCCUACUAGCUAGUUUGCUCCUGUUAGUUUCUAUAAAUGUUAAAAUGUUUUUCUUCGUGGUGGAAAGAUAUUUUUUUUUUUUAAACGGCAUCAUCAUCAUCCUGAUGGAUGUUGUAUGUAUUGUUUAAUAGUAAAAAGUUGUGCUUUUCCCUUUGUCGUUCCGGAAGGUAUUAAGUCGCGCGGUCAAAUUCAAUUUAUAAAAAAAAAUAUUUGCCCACCAGGGCAAUUUAAGACACCUAGGGCAGCAAGUAGACAAUGUAAACACCAUACAAGAGCGAGGAAGCGCGUGAAUUAGUUUAAUAUUUGACAUGCUAAAAUACUGAAUCCAGGAAAAUAGACAGAGGAAAUAAACCCACCGAUUACGAAAAUACUUGGGAAUUCAGAGGCCUUACUCACUCACGGUGCAACAACAACAACAAAAAAACACAUGGAACGCAAGUUAACGGAGCAACACAGACUGCAGGUAAUGAAAUACGUUUGUACACUAAUACAUGUAAAACAAUACUAUUUCAUACUAAUGCAUAACUUGCAAUAUGCUGGGAAGCCCACUUGCACAUUUUCCCAACACCCAGCAUGCCUUGUGGGUUAAAGUAUUUUAAAAAGUAUUUAUUUGUUGAUUAUUUUCGUCAUUUGUUAAGAGUUUUGCUGCACAGCUUGAAGCCAAACAGCUGCCAAGAUGUCAGAGAAGAAAAUGUCGUCCAGUCGCAAACAUCACCUCAAGAGUGUGAUGCUAGCCAUCGCCAAAGGUAUCCUGGAGGAGGAGGCGCGGGAGCGUGAAGAGGAGCGGAGGAGGUACAUGGCCCAGAGCUGCCCCCCUCUGGAUCUGCCCACUGGCAUGCAUGAGCUACAGGAGCUUUGCCGGGAGAUCCACCAGAAGAUUGACGUCAUCGAUGAGGAGCGCUACGACCUGGAGGUGAAGGUCAACAAAUCUAGCAAGGAGAUUGAAGACCUGAAGAUCAAAGUUCAGGACCUGAUGGGCAAGUUCAAGAAGCCCACACUGAAGAAGGUGCGCAUGUCUGCAGACGCCAUGUUGAAAGCUCUGCUGGGCUCCAAGCACACCGUCAACUUGGACCUGAGAGCCAACCUCAAGCAGGUCAAGAAGGAGGUCAAAGAGGAGAGAGCCCCGCCUCAAAUAGCCAGGCUGAACCCCCACCGCCAGAAAGCCACCAGGCCCACAGGGACAGGCAGCACAAAGAUCAGCCACCCAAGAGCCAGCCCAGAGAGCCCUCCCCCCGGGAAGACCAGCUAGGGGCCGCAGAAAGGCAAUCCCAACCAAAGACAGGGCACCGGCGUGCCGAAUUACAGCCAACCCCCGAGACCAGCGAGAGAUCACACCCCACAAAGGCAGACGGGCACCCGGGGCCACACACCGGCAGGCCCAGAGAUGCCCCCACAACCGGAAAGAAGCCCGCCCAUGCGCCACGGAGCAAACCCCUGUGUACCCCCCAAAAAAUAAAUGACUAAAAUAAAUAAAUAAAUAAAUGCACGCACACACACAUACACAUACACAGUGGUUGACUGCCCGACACCCGGAAGCCUCGCUACCAGACGUCCCCCGCCGGGGACCCAAGGCGCAGCGGAGCCGAGGAUCCCGGGGUCCCAGACACACAACCCAAAACCCGAGGUGCCAGACCACCCACAUGCCAGCGGAGCCGACGGCACACCACCCGCGCACCGGAGCCCCACCCCCGACAAUCCCGCGGACAAACCGGGAGAGGCAAAGACGCACACAAUGGCCCAGCAGAGCACACACCCCACGACAGAAGCAAGCACCGCACGACAGGACCCACGAGAGGAGCGACCCCCCGCUACGGCGCAGACCAGCCAUCACCCCACCCAGCGCCCAUCCACCAACACGCCAAGGGAGAUACCCCGGAGGCAGGAAGACAACCGCCAGCCAGGAUACUGAGACUAGCCAGACACCAGCAAGUAGCGGGGACCGCCUGCCAGCCCCCCGCCAGCAGUAGGCGCCCGGCACCCGCAGGAUGCGGCACUCCUCCCCACCCCCACCCACCAGCCCCCCCAGGAAGGCAGCCCAGCAAAGAAGACCAGGGAGACCUAUCCCGCCCUCAAGAGUCAGAUCAAGGAAUUAAUUAUUGGUGCCCAUAUACUGCUAGGUGCAACGCUAGGACAAGGCUCGUGUUUUCUUUUUUUUUUUUUUUCUCAUUUUGUGCGCGGUGACGAGCGUUGUGGAAAUUCGGCCGCCUCUUCCUACCGUUCAAGGGACGCUACAGCAAAGUUCGGGCGGUGUGACCGGGCCAGCACCCUCUCACAAUGCCACGACGAUUUUUCACCGCAGCGUUCAAACUCUUCGUCUGCCGGUAUGCAGAAGAGUUUGGGAACCGGGCAGCAGGACGGCAGCACGGUGUGGACGAGUCAGUUAUCCGGCGUUGGAGAGCGGACAUCAUCGGCAAGUUGACGGCAAACUUUUGUUACAUGAAUUCCAUUGCAGAUGAAUUGAUGGACGGCAGAUUUGUCCUUUCUUCUUCUUUUUGAAAUUGCUUAGUACCUUUACCCACGUUGAUUUGAGACGAAAGAGUUGGCAAGCAUUUAUGAACUCAAACAUUUUUUUUCCCCACUGUGAGCCUGAAAAUGGGGGUGCGGUUAAUACACGGGUGCGGUUUAUACACGGUGCUUUACGGUAGACUGAAAUUCUGACAUUUGUUCUUUAGAUUCAGCAGACAUUCUCUCAAUAGCUAUAUGAUCUAAAAGGAGAUUUUUGUAAAGAGCUACAGUAUGUUCAGUUUCUUUCUUGAUUUCCAAUUGAUGAGAAUGGUUUUCUUUCAGUCCAUUCAACUGUAAUACCAAAUGUGACCAGUAGAUGUAGUAAUGUCGAGCAAAUGUCUGAAGAAGAGACACUUGCUUCUGGUAUUCUGGUGUUCUACCGACCUGCGGGACAGCACACCGGGGCGGUUCGUAGAGUGUGUCCGGCCACAACGCACCUUGUUGGUUCAGGCCAAGUAACUCCACUUGCUUGCUACACUGGUUCCCCUGACCUCCGGGGCGGGACAUCAGCUACUUGGAGAGCGUGUCCGACCACAGUGCACCUGUGGCUACACCUGCUCUAUAUUCUGGUUAUGCCGACCUCUGGGGCGGCACUUCAGGUCGCUGUGUCUGACCACAGUUCCCUUUGCUGGGCCAGAUUCCAUGUUCCAUCACAAGCUCAUUCAACAAGACGUCUCGUCUUUUAAAGAGAAGGAUGAAGACGGCAAUGACAGUGCGACUUUUCUGGUGGGCUACUGUUUUAUGUUUAAUCUUUGUGUGUAAUGUCUUUCUGUGUACUAAAUAUCCCAUGUCACGACCUGGAAACGUGCGUCUUGUAGACCGGUGCGGCCUAUCUAUGGACGAAUCUGUUUUUCUCUUUCUGUUGGUAGGGGUGGGGGAAAUAGUCGAUUCUUAGAUGCAUCACGAUGCGGACAUUGACGAUUAUUAAUUGAUUAAUAAAUGUCAAUAAUCGAUGCUGACGAAACAAAAAAGACGGAAAGCUGAAGUGCCGCCCCGACAGUUUAUAGUGGUGCACCUAAGACGCUACCAGAAUGGCUGAGCAUAAACUCUGACACGCACCCGCUGGAUUUAAAGCGAGCGUCUGGAAGCAUGUUGGCAUUCGUUGGUAGUUGAAGGUAAAAAUGAGCUGGACAAGAGCCAGACAAUAUGCAAGCUUUGUCAUCCAAGCCUCAAAUAUUUUGGGAACACGGCAAAUAUGAAAAACCACCAUGUUUCCACUCAAACGAGGAGGAAAAACAGCUGGCUGAAGUUGCUGCCGACCAUGACUGAAGACUGGAAGCUAGUUACUCUUGUGCUACAAAUGAGAGGAAUAAGUGAGAGCCAUUCUGGUGCGAAUAUGGCUGAGCUGUUCAAUAAUGUUGCACAGGCAUGUUGAUUUCUUGUGGCUCAUUUACUUGUAUUUUUGUAUUAUUUCUGAAUAAGGGCAGCCUAGUUUUUUUGGUUAUUCAUAAUAUACUGAGGUCUGCAAGCAUUAUUCUUGUAUGAGAGCUGCUGAUACAGUAAUCUAUAUUUUGCAUGAAAGCUGUUUUUGACUGUGCUAUACAGGAAAAAUAUUUUUGUCAGAUUUUCUAUUCUCAGGAUUUUAGUUUGAAUUCAGAAGUCUUUAUUAUUUAUUUAUGAAUAAUGGCAGAUUUUUUAUGUUUUUUCAGUGUAUGCUGAAGCUUGUGUUAAUUUUCUACAUGCUGCUACUGGCAGUAAACAGUGACUAAAAAUAAAUUAUAUGUAGAAAAAAUUAUGCAUAAAAAAUGGACAAACUACUGAUCACAAAAAAGGAUGCAUUGAGAUGCAUCGAUAAUCGUUUUAUCAUCGCAUCGCAGGCCUCUGAAUCGAAUCGUGAGGUGGCCAGAGAGUCCCACCCCUAAAUACCGGUACGUUCUAUAGUCCGGAAAAUACGGUUAAUUGUAUUUAUGGCACAAGAUGAGCAGGCUUUCUCAGUGGUGGAAGACACCGGGUUCCACCGAAUGCUCUCUCACUUGGAGCACACCUACAUGCUACCUGGAAGUCCUGCUAAAGCUCCAUUCGACAAUGUACUCUCACACCCAAAGUCUCCUGAAAAAAGGCGUCCCAUCCUCUGUAAAUUUCACUAGUGAUAUACAGUACAUCCAUCCAUCCAUUCAUUCAUCUUCUUCCGCUUA